CGGCUGUGGGAUUUCACUGCUUUCCUUUCUAUCAGAACCAAUCACAGAUUUACUUUUGCUUCUUCCAACAAGUCAGAGAUUUGUUCACCACUUUUCCAAUCCCUUUAAUGCGUGUUGUUUAUCUUUACAACUUCCUGUAAAUACGAGUAAGUAUGCACCAAGGAGCCAAGGUUUUCUUCUCAUUUCAUUUGCUAUUUUGUUUUAUUUUCUUUGAAUUCAAUCUACUGCAUUUCAUUAUUUACCCACAUGCAUUCAGGGACACACCCAUGGGCACUGUCUUGCUCAUCAUUUAGUCUAGGGGCAAGAUAUAAAGAUUGAUGAUCUGAUUGUAUGUGGCGGUAGAUGUCAUCUGUUUUAUUUUUCCAACAGAGCGAAGGCGACAGGGCAAAUUCCAGCCAUUCAGACGGCUCUUUGGAAAGAAGAAGAAGGGGGAGGCAAAAGGACGUCUUGAUGGAGCAGAGCUAAAGGCGAGUUUUUCUACUGGGGAAGUAUGGAAUGGAGUUGUAUCUGACAAUGAGGAGUCCAAUAAAACUCUGAGGGAGUUGAAUCCCAUUGGAUCUCGAGCUCUCUCACACGACAGCAUCUUUAUCCCAGAGGAACCGGUGACUGAGCCUGGUCUAGAUCACAGCAUGUCCCAGGAAAACGUCUCAGACAAAGUUAGGAAUCUGCAGAAGCAGAUAGCACAAGGCAUAAAGUUUGGCCAGAGACCUCCUUCUCUGAGGAAAAGUGAAGGAGAUGAAGGAAGUUCAGAUGAGGAAGAGGUUCCCCGGAGUCCUAUGAAGGUUUUGGCCCAGGUAGAAGCCGAGCCAGUAAACACAGAACCAAAGCAGGUCCAUGGGGCUCAACAAGCUGAACCACACAGCACCCCAGUGAAGUCCCCGAGGUCCAAACGAGUUCUUCCACCUACUGGUACUAUCGAGUCCAUCAAUCUGGAUGCUGUUCCACAGUCUGUCCCUCUCUUGGACAACACUGCUGCCAAGCAUAAACUAUCCGUCAAACCGAAAAACCAGAGGAUUUCCCGCAAGCACCGGAGAUUUACACAGGACCUCCAAGAGGUAUCUAUUCCUGGUGUGGUGCAAGAGGACCUCGAAGCCACAGGUUUCUCCAAAGAUGACCGGUGCAGAACAUCUACUGAAGAGUCCUUAGAAAACUUCAAGAAACAGAGACUCCAUGAGGAGGAAAGACAGAAGACGAAAAGGAAGAGGGAGCUGGAGGAACAGAGGCUCAAACAGGAGGAGGAGGAGACAAGAAAGAGAGCAGCAGAGGAGCUGAGGCUACGUGAACUAGAGGAGGAGAGGUCUCGUAAACAACAGGAGGAGGAAGAACGAAAGCUUAGAGAGGAAGCAGAGAGAGGCAGGAGGGAGGAAGAGGAGAGAAGGAUCAAAGAAGAAGUAGAAAGGAGGCAGCGAGAGGAGGAAGAAAGGAUGCAGAGGGAGGAGGAGGAAAGGAGGUUGCAAGAGGAGGAGGAGGAGCGCCGACAGCAGGAGGAGGAGAGGAGACGAUUGGAAGAGCAGAAGAGGAAAGAGGAGGAGGAAAGAAGAAAGCAAGAGGAGGAGGAAGAAGCAAGGAGGCAGCAGGAAGCUGAGGCUGCAAAGAAGAGGAGACUAAGAGAGGAAGAAGAUGAAAGAAAUAGAAAAGAGGAAGCAGAGAAGCUGAGGUUGCAAGAGAUUGAGGAAAAGAAAAAAAUGGAAGCAGAGGAGAGGUUAAGAAAAGAGGAGGAGGAGCAGAGGAGGUUGUCGUUAGAGGAGGCUGAUGAUUGCUCAGAUCCACAGGAGAGGAAGAGGCGGGCUGAGGAGCUGCGCUGGAGAGAGAUGGAGGAGAGACAGAGACCUUUCUCUUUCAAAGUUUCCUCUGGAGAAAAACAGAUUUUGUUCCAGAAGGUUAACCUGACGCCUGUUACACCAGCCUCAAGCCACCAGAGUGGUGCCGUAGCGAGAGAAAGCGCCAAGGUUUCCUCUUCUGAAGAACCAGAGUCCCCCAACCUGCCAACAUCUCCAUAUGUGCCCCACACAGCCAUUUUAGUGACAGGCGCACAGCUCUGUGGGACAGCUGUCAAUUUAGACCAGAUCAAAGACACUGCCUGCAAGUCUCUGUUGGGUUUGGGAGAAGACAGAAAGGCCCAGGGCACACCACCAACCAAGAGCAAGACUUCACCAGACCGCAAGUCUGGGAAAACCAAAUCACUCAAUGAGGCCUCGUUCUCUCCAGACCAGUCCGGUGCAGCUGUCCUGGCAGAAUGGGCAAGCAUCAGAUCAAAGAUAUUCAAAGGGGUGGAGGAGGGGAAAUAUGAUGACUACCCAGACCCGAGCAAGAACCAUCUUCAGUCCAGCAGUGAAGAACAGCCUGCAUUCUCUCAUACGAACCUCAGGAAGACUAUGUCUGCCAGCGCCAAGUUCUCCAUCACCCCUGCAAAGAAGAAGUUUGGAGAUUCAAACAGGAACUCUGAGGUGUUUGGAGCAGAUGAUAAGGACAUGGGAGAGGAAACUACUAUGUCUGAUAGCUUCACUGCAGCCUCUACAGCUUCAACCAGUAAACCUCAGAACAGGACCAGUAAAACUGUCCGCAUUGCAGAGAGAGGGUCCGAGGAAUGUAUGUUUGCCAAAGACCUCCCCUCUUUCCUGGUUCCCAGCCCUGGAGCCAAACCUGAGGGGCCAGAGUUGAAGAGCAGGGCUCAGAGUGAGACAGGGGUGUCUGAAAGUAGAGAGGAGGGAGAGGACAGAGUCCAGGACAGUGAGGAGAAGCCCUCACCUUUUGGCAUUAAGCUGAGGAGGACCAACUACUCCCUCCGCUUUCAUAGUGAACAGUCUACUGAGAAAAGGAAGAAACGAUACAGUGCUGGGGACAGCUUUGAUGGCGUCCCUUCACCUCUCACCCCUAUUGAGCCAGACUCUGAUGCUUCCUCUGUCUUUUCUGACAAAUCAAGUCCCACUUCGCCUCAAAAAGAAGGUGCAGUUGGCAAGUACUUAAAUACAUCUGCCUCCCCCGCCACCCCUCGAGCUAAACCACGUAAGUCUACCAGCCCUAUUACACCCAGCGAAGGUGAGAAAGUGCUUUCCAAACCACCGCUCUACCGUAGACCAACCACGUCACCCAAACCUGUUGGAGCAGUUCCCACACCUCCUCCAUCGCCACUACCCAAAGUGACACAUGGGCCCCCCAGUGAUGCUGUGAUUCAGAGAACAGGGGCUGCAGGAUUAUCCAGCGAGCAGCUGGUGAACAGGAGUGAGGAACCUUCGAUCGCGGCCCAUUUGCACCAGAGCAGCCGAAGCCAGGUCCACAUGGAAGAGGAACCAAAGGAGAAGAGAUCCUUCUUCCCCUCUAUUAACAUCCCCUGGAGAGAGAAGGUGGACAGAAAGACAGAGCUCAUCAGGAGAGAGAAACCUUCACUACAGAGCAGGCACUCACUGGACAGCUCCAGGGUCCAAGAGAAGGAGGCUGGGCCCUUGUGGAUCACAUUGGCUCUACAGAAACAGAAGGGCUUCAGGGAGCAGCAGCAGAAUCGAGAGGAGCGCCGUAGCCAAAGAGAGUCCAAACUGGUCGAAAAACAAGCUAGGGACAGUGUUACACUGGUCAGCCCAACAGAGAGCAAAGGAAGUGGGAGCACCAGUCCCUCCUCUAAACCUCAGACACCAGAGGAACCCAAGAGACCCGACAGCCUCCUGGGACGAUUUGAGCGCCGAGAGCACCUGAAAAAAGCCAACACUUUACCCAGCUCUGUCACUGUUGAGAUUGCAGACUCUACACCAUCGCCACCUGCUGUCAAAGAGGUGUCAAAGCGCUUCCCCUCCAGUGACUCUCCGCAGGUGUCCACAGAGCCAGCCUGGCUGGCCCUGGCCAAGCGAAAGGCCAAAGCCUGGAGCGACUGUCCUCAGAUCAUCAAAUAACACCCCACCCCAGCUUCACACCGGGCUCUGGCCUGCACUGAGACUGCCGACUGCCCACAGGCUCUGAGACACCCCGAGAGUCACGAUCACCUGCCCCCUCACCAAACCUCACCAUGAACAUCCUCCUGACUGUGAAACAAGUAAAGCCCUCAUCAUCCAAUAACCCCACACACUGGCCGGUACUAUUAUCAUGUUAAAGUGCGCUUCACUUUCAAUUAUUCAAAUACAGCCACACAGAUAUAUGUAAACAAUUGUUGCGUGCAUGCACAUAAUGUAUUCAAACACACAUUUAUAUGUCCCAAAAAGACACAGCUAGAACAAACAUGUCGCAGUCCAGGGAGUCCUCAGCCAAUCACAACCAUGGCUGGCCACUGCAAUAGCCAACCCCAUUUUAUAAAAUUUUGUAGCCAACUGCGUCACCAUGGUUGUAAAUUAAUCAUUUGCUCAACACAAUAAAAGGUGAAACACGGCAUUAGAGAGUUGAAGCUCUGACAUAUGACAGUGUUUGAUCAACAAAGGGUAACUGUCUGAAUCGUGUUUUAAGGGCUACCAGUAACAAUAACUGCACCUGCUCGAUCUGCUUCUGGACGGCUGAUGGAAGUGUUACAGGCAUCCUCUGUGCCCUAGUUGGUAUUAUUUAUGUAAAGCCGCUGAUUUAUCUAUGUUGAAUCAAUACUGUAUCUCCUCUCUGAGCCUUGUUUGUCAUGUACAAAAGAAGACUUUUUUUCUGUGUUUUUUUUAAACUUGUACUCUUAGCAUAACAAUUCUCACUGUGUCCGUGACGACUGUGAUAGCUGUCAAAGAGGCUAUUGUACUAUCCCAUCAUUAUAAAGCAAAGAAUCUGUCAUAAACACACGGUGGGUGCACCUGAACACAGCACUUAAGACCACAAGUGUUACUGGGCAUUUACAGUGAAGUGCACAUUAUCCUCACAGCUGUGUGAUGAUGCGAUGUGGACUUUUUGCUUUGCUAAUGGAGACAGACACGACACCUGCUUGCUGUAACAUACUAUUUUUGUAGCUGUCCUCCUGUAACACACUUGUGGUUGUAGGCUUCACUUCUUUGUAAAUGUGAUAUGGCAUUUCUUCUAUACCCUCCCUCCCAGUUCUCAUUUCCUGCCACUCACUUAAUGAUCUGUACGUAUGUAAGUAUGUACUGUAUGGAAGUCAAAGACGUUACCAGAGCUUUGAUCAGAAAGAGUCACUUUGUCAUUUUGUUUCUAACGUUGGUCGUGCACAAUAGUGUAGUGUACGCAGUGUUAUAUGUAACAAGAAAAAUGUUUGGUAUUAUUUGCACUUUUUUUGUCCCACUUAGAGAUAUUCAUGAGAAAAUUCUUAAAGAGAUACAAAAUGUUAUGAAUAAUGUAAAUUAAAUACUGAUGUCUGAAC